GUUCUAAUUAAUAAUAAUAAAAGAAAAUCUUCGAAAAAAAAAAAGAAAGAGAAAAACACCGCACCCGAUUUCUGCUGGUCUUUCGAUAGCUGCAUCGGUUGUAAGAACGAAGUAUUUCCACGAUCUCCCCCACAAUGCGAUCGAAGCCGUCCAAUCUAGGGUUUCUCCAGCUCAUCUAAGUCUUCUUCUUUCGAAGAAACCCUUAUCUAAUGAAUCUCGAAGCAAUCGCUUACGCAACUUCUCCUUCUCUUGGGCCGAAAAUCCCCGAUUCGUCCAGAAUCGACGCCCAGGCUGAUCAUACCUUUCCUGCCAUCGGCGGCCGGAAAUGUGAAGGGCCGUGGUAUGUUAUUGUUUUAGUAUUACCGGCUAUCAUAUUUGUGGUGUACUUGGGGAUCAACGCAAAGAAAAAUUUGAGGAAGCUAUGGAAUGGGAGGUCUUACAUCAUGAUUUCCUAUUAUGCCCUUCUCUGGUUGGCUAGCUCUCUUAAUCUUGCUUGGUGCUGUCUUCAGGCUUGGCAGUGUUCUCCUGGGAAGGAGAUUUCUUGGAAUUUCCUGUCAUUAUUCACAGGAUCUGCAAUGCUGUGCUUGGAAAUUAGCUUAAUUGCUUUUCUGCUCCAGAAUAGUUAUGCUAGUGGAUUGGAAACUCUGACCCGUAACUUUGCUGUCUCAGGAAUCAUUAUUGGUGUUGAUAUACUCUUUAAGGGAAUUUAUGUUUUUGGAUUUGGGGUUCCACUGUUCAUUGACGGUGAUGAUAGUACACAAAGAAUGAAGUGGGGCCUGUGGAUUAUACAUAAGCUAUUGCUUACAGCAGUUUAUGGCUACAUAUUAUUUGUGCAUUUCUCAAAAUGGAGAGAGAGGCUACCUCCUAGACCAGCAUUCCACAACUACAUCAUUGUGAUGUUUGUCACUAGUGCUGCAUCAUUGUUUGCAUGUGUGCUUGCUGCGCUUGGGGCUAGCUUUGCCAUUUGGUUGUACGAUUUCAUGGUUGUCUGCUAUCACUCUCUUUACCUUCCUUUUCUUUACUUGACAUUUCUAGCAGAUUUUUUCCAGGAAGAAGAUUUCCUUUUGGAUAAUGCAUAUUACUCUGAGAUGAAGGACGCCGGGUUCUUUGAUGCUGACUGGGACUAAUUAAUUUUAAGGUAUGAAUCGAAACAUGGCAUAAGAUUGUAUUCUCUGUAAAUAAAUGUGAAUGAAAAAAAAAAA